AUGAUAUACAAUCAAUUUCAAAAUAUCCAAAAGGUCUCAAAAAUUCAAAUUAUUUACAAUGCAUCAUCAAUCAAAAAGUUUUAUUAUUCAAAAGGUUCUUUUCGUGUUCAACAACAUUUAAAUAAACUAUUAAAAUCAAAAUUAACUAUAGUUAAUGUUCAUCCUCCUCCCCCUUCUUCAUCAUUUAAAGAAGAAGAUAAAUGCAACAUUGAUAGUAAUAGUAGCAAACCAUUUGUAAAAUUUGAACAAAAAUCCAUCAAUAACUUUAAAAAUUAUUCUUUUCAUAAUUUAUCACUUAAAGCAAAGCAAUAUUCUAUAAGUGUUUUUAUGCCAAAAGGUUAUCCUGAUUCAGUGACUAAAAAUUAUUGGGGUUUUGUUAAAUGGCAAUUUUAUCAUAAUGUUGCAGUUUUGUCAACACAAUCUUUAUUGUAUGCCAUGGGACUUGGAGCAAAGUCAAUUCCUCUUGCAGCAGCAUUGAAUUGGAUAAUUAAAGAUGGAUUAGGUCAGCUUGGCGGUGUUAUUUAUGCUGCAGUAAUCAGCGAUCGUUUUGAUUCAGAACCAAAAAGACAUCGAUUUCAAGCAACUGUUGCAAUGCAAUUAUCUUCACUUUUAGAACUGUUGGCACCUUUAUGGCCUGGGAUGUUUUUAAUAAUUGCUUCAAUUUCCAAUAUUGGUAAAAAUAUUUCAUGGCUAGCAAGUUCUGCUACUCGUGCACAGAUGCAUAAAACUUUUGCUUUAAGAGAAAAUUUGGGUGAUAUUACAGGAAAAUCAGGAUCACAAACAACAGCAGCAGGAUUAUUAGGAACUGCAUUAGGAGUAGUUAUUAGUGUAAUUAUAACAAAAUAUUAUUAUCCUGCUAUGAUAGCAUUAGAUGCCACAGCAAAUUCUUUGAUUACUUCAAUUCAACCUAUUAUUCCAAUAUUUAUAGCAUUUAUUCCAUCUUCAAUUUUUAAUAUUUAUGGAAGUUAUCGCUCAAGUUUAUAUGUAACAACUAGUACUUUGAAUAUUCCUCAAAUAUCACAUAAAGAAACUUUUGUUAGGAAAUACAAAUCUCCAUUUAAUAUACCAUUAUUAAUUGAACCUGCUUUACAUCAUUACUCAUCAGAAAAAUAUUCAUUUAACAUAUUUUUAGCUCUUAAACAAAAAGGUCAAAAUCUAAUACUCUGGUUUUCACAGAAUUCAAAACCAAUUGAUAUGAUUAAAGGAUUAUAUCAUGCAUGUGUCUUAAGAUAUUAUUUAGAAAAUGAAUCCCUUGGAUUAAAAAAUAGUAGUGAUGAUAAAGAUUAUAAUAAUCAAUUUUUAAAAUUAAUUAAUGAAACUCAUACUUUUGUGGAAAAUUCAUUUGAUCAAUUAAAAGAUGAACUUGUUAGUAAAGAAUGGGAUAUUGAAUGUUUAUUUCUUACUGAUAAUGAAAAUGGGAAAUUAAUUGUGGAGAGAUAA